AUGGAUCCAGAUUCAACCCUAAGUCGCCGGCGACCAGAAAUCCUCCAAAAUCUACAAUUUAAUUUAUCAUAUCGUUGCCGGCUCGUCGGCGGAGUGUCUGAUUUGCCCUGCCCUUCGACAAUACGGCCCCGCCGACGUCCCACCUUGGUCAGCGAAACACAACAACCCGCGCAGCACACCCAGUAUUAUCGCCCGGUCUGGUUUGUGCUCUUCGUAUCGCGAAUAUCCACGAUGAAGCUCAAUCUUGCAGACCCGCAGACGGGUGCGCAGAAGAAGAUUGAAGUCGAAGAUGAGAAGAGGCUUCAGCACCUUUACGAUAUGCGCCUCGCCAUGGAGAUCGACGGUGAUGAUCUCGGUGAGGAGUACAGAGGCUACAUUUUCCGCAUCAUGGGUGGCCAAGACAAGCAGGGCUUCGCCAUGAAGCAGGGAGUGCUUACCCCGAACCGCGUCCGUCUCCUCAUGUCCAAGAACACUCCUGGCUGCCGAGGCUACGGCAUGCGCAGCGGUGAGCGCAAGCGCAAGAGCGUUCGAGGCUGCAUUAUUUCUCAUCAGAUUUCCGUCCUCAACUUGCUCGUCGUUAAGAAUGGUGACUCUCCAAUUGAGGGGCUCACCGAUCGAACCAUCCCGCGUCGGUUGGGACCGAAGCGUGCGUCCAACAUUCGUAAGCUUUUCAACUUGUCCAAGGACGACGACGUGCGUAAGUACGUUAUCCGCCGUGAGAUUCCCGUUAAGGAGGGCGCCAAGGAAGGAGCCAAGCCGCGUUCGAAGGCGCCAAAGAUCCAGCGCCUUGUCACUCCGCAGGGCAUCCAGCGCAAGCGUAAGAGGUAUGCCAGAAAGAUUGCUUCCAUUACUGCUUCGAGAGCGGCAGCCGCUGAGUACGAGAAGCUUCUCGCUCAGCGCAACAAGGAAGCACGUGAGAGCCGCAAGACGUCCCUCUCGAAACGCAGAUCGGCAAGGGAGCAGAGCUAAAAUAAAAGCUAAAUAGUUCGCAGACUUCGGUCUGGAUCGAUUUUUCAUUCGCAAAGCAGCAGCUCUCUAGACGUAUUUCGCUAAGCCCAGACAAUCUGGGUGUGGUUGGGCUGCUCGUGAAGCUACUCAAUAAAGUGUGGAUGAGGAUGUAUUGCAUGGACUACGCCUUGACUGUCCUCACACCACAUGGAUCACACUCAACAU